AUGUUCCGCCGCGGUCUCUCCUCGCUGACCGCCAAGCCGUCUUGGGUGCGUCCAGGCUCAUACGAUUAUCUUCGUGAAGUACUCGAGAGUCAUGUAUAUGAUGUGGCUAUCCAGACGCCACUGCAGCUUGCACCGGCGCUAACACAGUCGCUACCAGGCAACUGCCGUCUCUUUCUAAAGCGCGAGGACAUGCAACCAACAUUCUCAUUCAGCGUACGUGGUGCUUACAACAAGAUUGCCAACUUGACGCCGGCCCAGCGAAAAAAGGGCAUCGUGGCUUGCGCAGCUGGUAAUCACUUGGAAGGCGUGGCUUACGCUGCUGCUAAGCUAGAUGUGGACGCUAUUGUCAUCUCGCCUGUUGGAACGACGCAAAACGUGUCUUACUUUACUAAGAACAAGAUUACGAUCGUCGAAUACGGUGCAGAUUUUGAUGCAUCACUGAAAGAAGCGUUUCGAGUUGCGCAAACUGAGGGUCGAUCUCUUGUCCACCCGUUCGACGACCCGCUUGUGAUCGCUGGCAAUGGCACAAUUGGUAUGGAGAUCCUGAAAGAGACGGCUGGAGAUCGCCCUACAGCGAUAUUUGCCCCUGUUGGAGGUGGUGGAUUGAUUGCUGGCCUUGCCGCUUACGUGAAAGAGGUGGCGCCCGAUGUCAAAAUUAUCGGCGUGGAGGCUGAAAGUGCCAAUCUUUUAGAGAUAUCGCUGCAGCAGGGCUUGCCUGUAGCUUUCUCGAGCGUUAACCGCUUUACAGAUGAAGUGGGCAUCAAGAGCAUUGGAACGGAGAACUUCCGGCUGUGCAAAGAUCUGGUGGACGAAGUCAUUACCGUAUCGACUGACGAGAUAUGCUCUGCGAUCAAGGAUGUGUUUGGCGACACGCGCUCGCUCAUGGAGCCCACCGGUGCAAUCAGUGUUGCUGGUGCGAAAAAGUACGCUCAAGUAAAGAACGCCCAGAAUGAAAAGUACGUGGCAGUGCUCGCUGCUGCAAAUAUGGACUUUGACCGAUUGCGCUUCGUUUCGGAGCGUUCGGAUGAUCGCGAGCGUUUCUUGGCCGUCAAAAUUCCUGAGCAGAUUGGUAGUUUCCAGGAUCUCUACAACGUCAUCUUCCCUCACAACGUGACCGAGUUCUCGUACCGCAUGGACUCCGAAGGUGAUAACGAAGCACGCAUCUGCAUGAGCAUCCAGACAAAGACGCAGGACGAGUUUAUAAACGUCGUGAAGGCAAUCAACGGGCGCGGCGACAUGCAUGCCAUUGACUUGGCCUCAAAUGAGUUAGCCAAGUCGCACCUGCGCCAUCUAGCUGGCGGUCGUCCAAAAAACGUCCCAAACGAACGUCUGUUUCGAUUGGAGUUUCCAGAGCGUCCCGGUGCGCUCAAAGACUUCCUUGAAGCUCUCAGUCAAUCCUCUCGUCAAUGGAACGUAAGUCUGUUUCACUACCGCAAUCAUGGCGCAGAUAUCGGCCGUGUACUCGUCGGAUUCCAAGUGCCACCAAAGGAUAAUGCGACCUUCGACGCGUUUCUUGGCCAAGUUGGCUUCCGUUGCGAAGAGGAGACUGACAACCCAGCGUCCAUGUACUUCCUGCACUAG